AUGCCCAGUCAUCUCAUCUCGAGUCAUGCCUACGUGCAGCAGGCUGUGAUGCCCGCCAGUGCCGCCUACGUGCUGCUCUUCUUCAAUGCAGUGCUGUCACCAGGGGGGCUUCUGACAUCUUUCCUCUCCCAACACGUCAUCCCUUCCCAUGCCUACAUGCCUGCAGCAGGCUGUGCUGCCCGCCAGUGUAGCCUACGUGCUGCUCUUUUUCAAUGCUGUUCUCUCGCCUGGAGGGCUCCUCACAUCCUUCCUCUCGCAACACGGCGUGCAGAUGUCAGUGAUAGGGGCCUUCAGGGGCGCCUGUGCUGCCACGGGAUUUGCCGCCACCUUUGUUUCGCCACCGCUCGUGGCACGUCUGGGUGUGCUACAGUGCGGGGCCAUGGGUUGUGGCGGGGUGCUGUGUGGUACAAUGGUGUGCAGUGGGAGGCGAAUGGACUGUUCAUGCUGGCAGUGCUGCUCUCUUCUUCCAUGCAUCCCUCCCUCCCCACCCUCGCAUCUUUGCCCUUCUCCCCUCUCUCACACACGCUCCCACACCCCCCCAGUCCCAUCACUCCCUCCUUAUCCACCUCUCCCUUGCCCACUCGUCAUUCCAAGAUGUCCCGCACAGUUGCCAUCGUCUCAUCUCUCUCGCACACGUGCACAUGCACUCUCCUGCUUUUUACUCCCCCGUUCCCCUUUCAUCCCAUCAGGCUGGCAGUGCUGCACUUGUCUUCCAAGCCCUUCUCCUCUCCUGGACGUUGCAGGGAGUUCUUGAGAAUUCUCAAAAACUCCCUGGCAGUGCUGCGCUUGUCUUCCAAGCCCUUCUCCUCUCCUGGCCCCCGUAACCCGCUCACAUUCACACACGCACUUUUCUCUUACUUCCCCUCCCCCCGAACCCCCUCUCCACCCCAGGCUGGCAGUGCUGCUCUUGUCUUCCAAGCUCUCCUCCUUGCCCUCGCAGUGGGAAUCUUCUCCUCUCUCUCACACUGCCCUCCGGUGCUGCAGCAGGGGCUGAUGCUACUCUUCCUCUUGCUCGUCGUGCUUUCCCGAGUGGGCCAUUGGACGUUUGAAAUCGUCGACUCUCAGAUCAUCCAAACAGCCAUCCCCCCCGCCUCGGCCAAUCUCAUCGGAACCACCGAAAUCGCCCUCGCCAGCCUGGCGGAGCUACUAAUGCUAGGAAUCGCCAUAGUCGUUCACGAUCCUAAGCACUUUGCGGCUCUCGCUGCCAUGUCCAUGGCGGCUGUUUUUGCUGCGGCUGGGGUUUACUGCUCCUGGCUGGCUCGGCCCGACCCGAGGAUUCAGAAGCUGUUCCCGAACCAGCCGGAGGUUCGGUGGGGAGAGGUGUUUGGGAGGUGGGGAAACGGAGGGGGGAGGAAGUGA